CCAAAAAAAAAAACAGAAAGAAAGCGGAAGUGCGUAGGAUCAGUAAGAGUGUUUCCGGUUGAGUGUUGGUGGUGCCGGGAGCUUCACGCGGGAAAAGCGGAGGUCGCAGAUAUGGGAGACACACUGGAGUUCAGUGAUAUUUUUCAGGAAGUCAAAGGCUGCUGGAAUGAUGGACGCUUGAGGUUCAGCAAGCAGACUGUGGUCUACAAAAGCAAUAAGACUGGGAAGGUGGACAGCAUUCCUGUUCCUGAUCUCUCUCUUGCCCAGUGGCGUCGUGUCUGUCUGGGGCAUGGAAUCAAACUGGCCACGAGUAACGGACACAUCUACAAAUAUGACGGCUUUAAAGACACAGACUUUGAGAAAAUCUCCGCCUUUUUUAAGGCGAACUACAAGGUCGAGCUGACAGAAAAGGAUAUGUGUGUGAAAGGCUGGAACUGGGGCACGGCCAAAUUCUCAGGGCCACUUUUAUCAUUCGACAUUAAUGACAGCCCUGCUUUCGAGAUCCCCCUGGCCAGUGUGUCCCAGUGUGCCACAGGUAAAAACGAGGUCACAGUGGAGUUCCAUCAGAACGAUGAUGCUGAAGUAUCACUCAUGGAGGUGCGGUUCUACGUCCCGCCCAACGCUGCAGAUGAUGGCACAGACCCUGUGGAGGUGUUUUCUCAAAAUGUCCUGUCCCGAGCAGACGUUAUCCAGGCUACUGGUGAUGCCGUGUGCAUCUUCAAAGAGCUGCAGUGUCUUACACCAAGAGGAAGGUAUGAUAUUCGUAUCUACCCCACCUUCCUGCACCUGCACGGAAAGACGUUUGACUACAAGAUUCCCUACACCACCGUCCUGCGCCUCUUUCUGCUGCCGCAUAAAGAUCAGAGGCAGAUGUUCUUUGUGAUCAGUUUGGACCCGCCCAUUAAGCAGGGUCAGACCCGCUAUCACUUCCUGAUUCUCCUCUUUUCCAAAGAUGAAGAUGUCAACCUCACUCUCAACAUGAGCGAGGAGGAGGUGGAGCGGCGCUUUGAGGGAAAGCUGAAUAAGAACAUGUCUGGCUCUCUCUAUGAAAUGGUCAGCAGGGUCAUGAAGGCUCUGGUCAACAGAAAGAUCACAGUGCCUGGAAACUUCCAGGGUCAUUCAGGAGCUCAGUGUAUCACAUGCUCAUACAAGGCCAGCUCAGGACUGCUGUACCCUCUGGAGAGGGGCUUUAUCUACGUGCACAAGCCCCCCGUGCACUUGCGCUUCGAGGAGAUCUCCUGUGUAAACUUUGCUCGAGGCACCACCACCACUCGCUCCUUCGACUUCGAGAUCGAAACCAAGCAGGGCAACCAGUACACCUUCAGCAGCAUCGAGAGGGAAGAGUACGGCAAGCUGUUUGACUUUGUUAAUGCCAAGAAACUGAGCAUCAAGAACCGAGGAUUAAGAGAGGAUAUGAAGAAAAAGGAUGGUUAUAGUGACUCUGAUGAAGAUGAGCAUGAUGCUUAUCUGGAGAGGAUGAAGGAGGAGGGCAAGAUCAGAGAAGAGGGUGAUGACGAUUCAGAGGGUGAUGAAAGCGAUGAGUCCUUUAAUCCUGGAGAGGAGGAGGAUGAUGUUGCUGAGGAGUUUGAUAGUAAUGCCUCAGUCAGCGACAGUGAGGCAGAAGAUGGUGACAGUGAGGAUGAAGGAAAGAAGAAAAAGCCUGAAAAGAAGCCUAAGAAGGCACCAAAGGAAAAAAAAGAAAAGAAGGAGCGAAAACCACGCAGAGAGAAAAAGGUUAAGGAUGCAGGAGCCCCUAAGAGGCCAAUGAGUGCCUACAUGCUAUGGCUGAACGCGAGCCGAGAACGCAUCAGGUCGGAGAACCCUGGAAUCUCCAUCACUGAAAUCUCCAAGAAAGCAGGAGAGAUGUGGAAACAGAUCGAUAAAAGCAGCAAAGAGGAGUGGGACAAGAAGGCAGAGGAGGCUAAGAGACAGUACGAAAAGGCAAUGAAGGAAUAUAAGGAGUCUGGUGGAGGAGGAGCCUCAUCAUCUGCUGUCAAAGAGAAGAAAAAGAAAGUUGUCAAAGCGGAUACUAAGAAAAGGAAGAGUGGAGGAGAGAGCGAGCGAGAUAAGAGUAUGAACGACAGCUUUAAGAGCAAAGAGUUCAUCUCCAGUGAAGAGAGCUCAUCUGAGUCUGACCACGGCAAAAGCAAAAAACGCAAGUCUGAUGAUGAGGAGGAGGAUGAAGACGAGGAAGAGGUUGCCUCCACACCACCAAGCUCCGAGAAUGAGUCAGGAUCUGACUGAAGACGUUCACCUGCAAUUUUGCGUAUCUACUUACCUUCUCAGGCAUUUCUCAUUCAAAGUAAAACAUGCACAUGUACACACUGACAGUUUAUCGGACCAAGAUUUUGUAUCACCACAUGCUGUGCAUUUUAAGCACAAAUGUACACUCUUAUUUUUUUCCUCCCAUUUGAUGGACCAAGACCACCGGAGAAGCAAGUAGCUGAAUUUCAAUUUAAUAAUUUUUUUAUGUGUGGUUACCACAUCCCAACUUCAGCCCUUUAUAUUUUUCAGUGUCUAUUAUUAGUAGAUUUGAAGAACAAAUCAGGGAACUGUAGAUCUAUCAGUAGUAUUUCCCCCCCUCUUCCUUUUUGAUAACUAACUUGUACUUUUGGCCACGUUUGAUUUGAAUAAAUGCAUUUUCUUUCAGCUAAUGAAUAAAUGUUUUGUAAUAAAGUUAA